AUGACUGUAACCAUAUCCCCCUCUAUCCUCAGUGAUGGACAGCGAGGGAACUGUGGCUGUGUUACUCAUCCAAUAUCGGACCCAAGACCUCAUGAGUGUCACACAAUGGCGUCACAGUGCGCGAGCUACGUGGCGCAACGGGAGAGCGGCGUGCAGGCUACUGAUGGAAGAUACGCAAGCACUUACAAGAUGAUGCACUGUCACAUGACACCAACCUCACCACCGGAACAAGUUACAGAGUUCCCGCCACAAAGAGCUGAGGUCUACCCAGGUUCAGUCUUUAGUCCUAGACCCUCGCUGCAACAAGACUCAUUUGCGACCUCCCUCCGCAAGUACCCAAGCUUGGCUCCAGAUAGGUCUUCGGAGAUUGUAGAGCAACUUAUAAACUUUACUCAAGCUAAAAACACGUCCAAAAUUAGCAAGAAUCAUUUAUCUCCAACUCGCCACAUCGACUCAGAUCAGUCCAACCAAACAUUUUGUUUGGUAGAGAGUUCGUCCCGCAAUACGGCGGUGAAGUCUGUGAGAGGUUACGAGCCUGAAGUACAUAUCAGGCCUAAAAGACUCGAAGAGUCUCCUACACGUGAAAGACCCAAGAACACGCGAUCACACGAUUCAGAUGCGAUCGAGUCUUGGAAAAGGUCGACGUUUUGUAGAACAAAUGAUGUCAGGUACCUGAGAAACGUGUCAAGAAAAUUCAGGGAAGGUAUUCGUAGUCUCUCAGCACAAGCUAAUAGUGAACCAGAACGACUUAAUCCAAAAGAAAAAUGUGAUUCGGCUAAUCUUAACCAAAGAAAACCUGCUGUUCAAUGGAUAGCUAUACCUCUAACGCCAACGCCAUCUAAAAUUAAAGACCCAGUAGACAGUGAAUACCAUCAAUUUGAACAAAACAACAUAGAUUUAACAUCGAUUGUUCAAACAAAACUAACUCUAACUGAUAUGACAGUACAAACAGUCAUAAGUAACACAGCUAUAAAUAAUGAACGAAAAAAUAAAUUUUCAUGUAAGAGACGUAGUAAAUCUGAAGAAGAAGUAAAGAAUUUAACAAACUGUAAAUCUAUACAAGGCUUCCAUAAUACAAGCUGUUCUAAAGCUAGAUGUAGCCAUAAGACUCAUAGAUAUAAUAGAUCCUUUAGGGCUUUGUUAAAGUUGGCAAAGAAUGUUGAAAAAUAUUCAAAAUACGAUGAAGCGAAAAGUUUAGCUGAAACUAACAAAACUUUUAAAUGUUUAUCAGUUUCUAAAAUAUGUUAUGCCAAAAUUGCUCGUAAUAGAAUUGUAGAUGAAGAUGUUAUAGUUGAAGUGCUAGAGGAUUGGGUAAAUUUGAUUCCGCUGAAAAUUAAUAAUCCUUAUGAAAGGCAAAUUGUGAAGGAGUAUGUACGGUAUAAUUUAUUUGAUUUAAUCAAAAAAUCCUUUUGGUACGUACAGCUAGAAGGCAGAUAUAAUUUAGAUAAAUUAAAAUGUGAUAUUAUAGACAGAUUAGAGUUUAUUCCGUUAGAGAUAAAAGGCAAUAAGAAAUUGAUUUUACAAAAAUUGGCUCAUAAUUUACUUACUAAAAUAAAAUAUAGUGGAUAUAGAAAAUUGAAUUAUUAUAAAAUUCAAAGCGAUGAUAUACAUACGAAAUAUAAUUGUGUAUUUCAAAGAUAUAUCGCACCAACAGAAAAUGAAAUAAGGAAAUUUAUAUCUCACGAACUUGAACUGAUUGAACAAAAUUCUGAUCUUAAUUUAAAUGAACAAAAGUAUAAAGAUAUGGAAGAAGAUUUAGUUGAUGUUGCCAUGAUUGCAGUGGAAGUGUUACGUUGUGGUAGCGAAAAUCACAUUAAAAAAGACAUAGCGGAAUUAUUGUCUGAUUAUGGCAUAUCCGAAAAGCGUGCGUUUUAUUGCACUAAUAUUUUGGUAAAACAUUUAAAAGAUACAUUUAUUUACAAUAUAUAUACGGAUAAAGUUAAAACGGACACAAUCAUCGUAUUACCUAAUUAUCAAAAUGUGUAUCACAAACCAAAUCUUAAUGGAUCUGAUUUGACAGUAAAAAGUAUAACUGAUGAUGAAAUAACAGCAAACCUUGAACAUUACAUGAACGAAUUGUGUAAGCUAAUAGAUGAAUGGCUUUCGUCUUUACAUUUACCCCAAACGCAAGAUUCGGAACUUCGGAGAAUAGUAGUUAAUGAUUUAGCUAGUGAUAUAGUUGACAGGUACAAGUAUUUACAUCUAAAUACAGAACAGAAAAUUUCUAAUGAAACUGAACUUGAACAUCUCAAAUAUCAGAUAUUCAAGUGGAUAAAAAAACUUGUUGGGGAAGAUAAUUUAGAACCAUUAAAACAUGCUAUGGAAUUAAUGAGUCGAAUCAGGCAAAUACAUGUCCCUAUACUUUCAAAAACUGCAAAUAAAUCUUUAAAAUAUGAUACGACAUAUGAUGACAUAAGCAAACAUCAUGUCCCUUGCCAAAAUAUAAUAUGCAAUACUAAUAUGGUACAAACGAAUGCCACACAAAGUAGUGAUAAAAAUUCUAUGAAUGCAACACAAACGCCUAAUUUGUCUAUACCAGAGUAUAAAAGUAACAAUGCACCUGUAUCACGUACAAUUCCGUGUGGUCCUAAUAUUACAGUUAAUAAUUCAAAGUCCACAGAACAACUCGAAGCCGAAUAUGAACGAUUUGUAGAAGAUUGGGUGCGAAGAAUACCUAUUGAAAUCUCAAGCGAGGGAGAAAUAGACAUUACCGAAAAAGCGAGAGUAGGAAUCUAUAAUGGUCUAUGGAAAAUUGUUUCAAAAUUAAACUGCGACCCUGCAACUUAUUAUAACAGAUUUUUAUACGAAGAUUUGUUAGAUGAUGCAAUUGACGAUCUCUUAGAUUGUUUACCCCAAACAACAGUGUUGCAAUCAAGAAGGCAUAUACUAAAAGUUGAAUUUAUCGAAAAAACUGUUGAUAUCAACGAUAAAAUAAAAGAAAUUGAAGAAUCAUCUUUCAGAAAUAAGGUAAUGAGAAAUCUUGUUACAAAUCUGCGCAAACAAGGAAUUACGGAAAAUCGAGGGGAUGAUCCUAUAAAGUUGCACGAAGAUCUACAAUUAAUAAAGAUAGUAGAAGACUAUCUUUUAUCUGUAAGAUUCAGAGAUGAAGAUAAAAUAAAAUCUGAAGUGUAUAAAAAGAAAUUAAUGAAAGAAGUAGAAAAUUUCGUAAGAGAUUUAAAGAAAAACCAUUCCAAAGAGCUAAAGGACAUUGACGUUUCCUCGUAUAAAGCAGAUAUUGUUAAUAUUUUACAAAAAAUACCAAUACCCAGCGAAAAUACUAUGAAACAAGAAGCUGAUGAUGUACUUUUAGGAAUUGAAAUAGAACAGUGGUACAGAGAUUUACCGAUUGUUCCAAACGAUGACUACACUGAGCAAUAUCGAAGACGAAGGCAGAGAGAUAUUUUAACAAAGAAAAUAAAAGAAUUGGAAGCCAAUGACGAAUCUUCAGAAAAUGCACUUAAGAAUGAGGUUUCUAGAUUUUUAGAAAAAGCACCUUUAAAAGAAGGGGAGAGCUUAAAUAUUAACUUUAUGGUAGAUGAGCUAGUUAAUAGGAUAAAAAAUAAAUAUGAAACCGAUCUGAGCAAUAAAAAACCAAUAUUGCAGGCCGCUGAAAAUUAUGAUGACUUUAGCAAAAAUGUACCACUUUGUUCCAGUUUAAUCGCAACACCAACUCGAAAAAAUACAUUAUCUUUGCCUGAUGAUAACACUAUGAGAUAUCUUGCUCAAAAGUCUCAGUGUGAAAAAACUUGUGUGGGUCAGCAAGCUAAAAAUAUGGUUGGAACACAUCAAGGUAGUAAUACUAUAAAUUCAAUUAAUAAUCGGAAUCGCGUUGUUAUUAGAGAACCACCAAGCUAUAGAGUAUUUGAUGAAGAAAGACCAAUCAGUUCAUCAUUUAAAGAACAAUCCAAUCAGCAAUGGCACACUAUUGAAGAGAGCCAAUUAGCAACCACUUGUAAAGAACAUAUAAGUAUGUGUAGUUUACCACAAUAUGUUAGUUCCAUACCAGGUGAUGAAUUAAAUACACAAAGAAGGGGUCAAGACUGUUGUCAAAAAGCUCUCGCUCAGCUUGCAUUAGAAAAUAAUGCGGAACCAUCAUAUUACCCAAGUGCUGGCACAUCAAGAGGAAUAAAGACUGAUAAGGGAAUUUUAGGAAUAAGUCAAGUUGCAGGACCGAGUGGUUAUAAACCAAGUUAUUCCGAAUAUGCUUUAAAUGAUUCAAAUCAAGACCAACGACCAAGUCCUAUUCAGUUUCGACGUCCAAGCAACGUUUCUUUUCAAGAUAAAUAUUUUGAGCGUAAAGAACCAAGUCCAGAAUCCUUUUCAACUAAAUGCUCAAUAGAAUGUCAAACGGAAAAAACACUUUUUCGGAACCAACCUCCAGAUGAAAUAGAUUAUUCUAUGCAAGGUAAAGUAUGCAGAGCCAUUGACACACCAGAUUUUCAAGAAAAUGAACUAAUAUUUGCAUCUACUCCUCAACAAACCAAAUGUCCUUCCAUACCAUCAGUUCCAAGUAAAAAAAGAGCUAACUUAGCCAUCACUGAAAAUGAUAAUGUCAGAAAACGUCUUGAUUUAGAUAAUACUGAUGACGAUGACGUUCCAUGUCGGUGUAUAGAAAAUUUUUGGAAAAAACGACAAAAUUCAAAACAUUACCCAUGCGAGAACUCCGAUCGGUAUCCUCUUUAUCUACCUUUAUUCUUUCCUUAUCCCUAUCCAACUUAUCAU